AUUUCAGUGUAAAUUAACGUAAAAAUGGUGAAAUUUCUGGAAACUAAGGCGGACUUCGAUGCUGCACUGUCGGCGGCAGCAGGAAAGCUAAUGGUGGUGGACUUCACCGCCUCCUGGUGUGGACCCUGCAAGAUGAUCGCCCCUGUGUUCGAGGGCUUGAGCCAAGAACACGCAGAUGUGGACUUCUACAAAGUGGAUGUUGAUGCUAACGCGGACACCUCUGAAAGCCAGGGAAUCUCUUGUAUGCCGACGUUUAAACUCUACAAGAAUGGAGAAGUGGUGGAUACUCUAGAGGGAGCUGAUAAAGACAAGCUGAAAGCCUUGAUUGUCAGCAAUAAAUAGAAGUGCAUAUCAAAGGAUAAUGAACACAUCAUAUUG